CAGGGAUGCCGGCCGGUCACAUGACUCCUCUACCUGUACACACAAAUGGGUCUCCUCAUCCUCAUCCCACCAGAUGGACCAGCCAUGUCUACACAACAACCCGGGAACCUUCCAGCACAGCUACUACUAUCACCACUUGUCAGGGAAGGGUUCCUCUACUAAAUCCUCCAUAUUCCGGGCCAGCUGCUCCCUUCUACAACCUGCCAUGGCACGCGAGGGGGAGGGCUGGACCAAUCACCACCAAGCCCCCCAGGUGCGUUCGUCCCCGAGUAUUCAUAUAGAGGGGGGAUGCGCGUGCACGGUGUCAGUGCGCGCCCCCCGCGCCUCUCAUCCCUCCUCCAGGUCCCGUGUUCUCUCCCCGUACUCCGGGCUGCAGCCUGUCGAUGCUGAAUAGGGGAGAGAUGGAGGCAGCGCCGAGCAUUGGGAGCUCCGAGCCCCGCUUCACCGAGCCAUACGUAUAGGAAGGACAGUCCUUAGAGCCCUUCACCCGAGACCUCUAAAUUCUACAUGUACUCAUGAAUCUUGACUUCACCAUAACUGAAAAUGUCCAGCUGUUCUGAAAGUAUGAGGGACCAAGCUACUUAAAUUCUUUGUUGUCUAGCUAAGCUUCAAAAACCUGAUGAAUCCAAAGUAAGGACGUAUUGUGAAGAUUUUAAUAUAGAGCUGCCUACUCCAGGAGAGGUUUCACCUGGAGAACUCUUACCUUCAGUGUUCUCAUCUGCAGUAAACUGAUGCAAUCUUGUAAAUCCAAUUCAUCCUAUGGCUCCUCCAGUUCUGACUCCCAUGCUCAGACUCCAGUAACCAUCUUGAAUACCUCACCCGUAUCAGCUACUGUCUCUGUCAAAACGCAGACUCUUUCUGAGAUGAAGAUCAAUCAGAUGCAACCCUGGGAUGCUGAUAUCCUGGCAGCAAUAUAAAUAGACACUAACUGCAAAAACUGGGCUCUCUUCAAAGUUCAGCUUUAUUAGGCAUGGCCUGGACCAGACUGAUGCCAAAGACUGCAUCUCAUGUGGAGGAUAUUCUGCACGCUGAUUCCACUGAGAUACUUACACUAAAGAUACCAUCUCCGUAUGCAGCUGGCUGUGGAGCUCAGUGGCCACCUCUACAAAAAGACUUGUACUCAAUUGAGUGAACUAUACAAUAGGCUUUCAAAGCCUAAAAGGACCUGUUUCUCUAAGACUUUAGCCCACUGCAGACUGCCAAUUGCCAUUGUUUUAGUUACUGGGUUUAAAAAGCUCUAGCAUAUUUGUUUUGUUCCGGUUAGUUAAGUGCAGUGACAGCAGGGACAUUCUCAGGGAUUGUUGUUUUAGUUAUUGCAAUUUUUUAAAUGUAGCAAUAUCUCUCACUUUAUUAUAUAUUAAGAAGAUGCGAUCCUCCACCUGGAAAUAUCAAAUUGGUGUCAAAAGGCAAAGUAUGACAUCAACAUCUAAAGGCAUCUUCCGACCAUUUCUAGUUGUCUGCAUUGUGUUGAUCUGUUUCAUGGUAUGUAUAUUUAUAUAUGUGAAACCAACAAACAAUUGGAUCUCCAGCCCAAUAGAAUCAGCUAACUCUGUGCUUAAGAUGAAGAGUUUUUUCUCCAGUAAAAGAGAGGAUUAUAAUGAAACCAUUGUUCUCAUUUGGGUAUGGCCUUUUGGACAAACCUUUGAACUCCAGUCUUGUGAAGCUCUUUUUAAUAUCCAUGGGUGCCAUUUAACUACUGACCGCACACUGUACAACAAAUCCCAUGCAAUUCUUAUACAUCACAGAGAUAUCACCUGGGAUUUAACAAACCUACCACUGCAAGUAAGACCACCCUUUCAAAAGUGGAUAUGGAUGAAUCUAGAGUCACCAACCCAUACACCCCAAAAAAGUGGCAUUGAACAUUUAUUUAAUCUCACGCUGACCUACAGACGUGACUCAGACAUUCAGGUGCCUUAUGGCUUUUUGGUCGUAAGCACUCAGGCCUUUGAAUUUGAAGUGCCAAGCAAGGACAAACUGGUCUGUUGGGUUGUAAGCAACUGGAAUCCUGAUCAUGUGAGAGUCAAAUAUUACAAUGAACUCAACAAAUACAUUGAAAUCUUGACUUAUGGUCAAGCCUUUGGGGAAUACUUGAGUGAUAAAAGCUUGAUUCCAACCAUCUCUACUUGCAAAUUCUAUUUGUCAUUUGAAAAUUCUAUCCACAAGGACUACAUAACAGAAAAACUUUAUAAUGCACUAUUGGCGGGAUCAGUGCCCAUUGUACUAGGUCCUCCAAGAGAAAACUAUGAAAAUUAUAUACCAGCAGACUCUUUCAUCCAUGUGGAAGAUUUUCUCUCUCCAAGAGAGUUGGCAGAUUAUCUGUUAAUGCUGAACAAAGAUACUGAGCGCUAUCUGGCAUACUUCAACUGGAGGAAAUACUACACAGUGAACUUGUCCCAUUUCUGGGAGUCUCACGCUUGCCUAGCAUGUGAUCAUGUUAAAAGACAUCAGGAGUACAAAUCUGUCAGUAAUCUGGAGAAAUGGUUUUGGAACUAAGCCUCUGCUUUCAUGUUUGAGCACUUUCUGAAGACAUUACAAUGGUUACUCACAUCAAGAUAAAAGUUUAGUGCUUUGUCUCACCGUUUACCGCUGUGUUGAAUGCAUAAUUUAACAUAAACUUUGUCAGACAUAAAAGAAACUCCUUUCAGCAUCAGAGUUAUCAUUUGCUGACACUUACAUGUAGCAGAAGUUCAUGUGCAUAGUGGGAAAGAUUGCUUAGUCUGAACUAAUCAUUUUUUUUACACAUCUUUUUAGAGUCAGUCCUUUGUUCCCACAUUAUGUAGCAAUUUGGUAUCACCCACUUUUCUGUGUACUUGUUUGGCUGCCAUCAAUAUCAAUCUGCAUAUUGUAAUGAUGCCAGGUAUCAGAUGGGAGUUGGGUAUUAUAAAUAUAUAUAUAUGUCUAUUUGCAGAUGUCUAAGAACAAAAAUCUUUAUGGGGUGAGAAAUAGAGAAGUCUUAUUUAUCAAUGUUCUCUGUGAUAAGUCAUAUUCACCUAGCUUGAGUUGAACCUGCAAGUUAACACUUUAAAGCCAUUUUCUCACUCUUUGAACAAGCUCACAGUGUAUAUCCAUUUAUACAGGUUUCACGUUUACGAUCAUAUUGAUCAAGUGUGAUGCUAUAUUUGUUUAUUUCAGAGUCACUUUUUCAAAUAUUUUUUUAAAGAAAGUAUGACCUUUUAACUCAUGUAAGUAAUUAAUGGCACCGUUGUGAUAUGUGCAGUUACUUGUGGGGAGAUGUAAAUCUAUUUUUCAGUCUUUUGGGGUAUCCUGUGGGUAUCUGCUUGUCAGUGAAAACAAUACAGGUUUGUAAAAUGACUUAUACUUGGCCAUUAGAGCUUUACAGACUUUCGGAUGUGCACUGGAAGUGUUUCAUUACUUAGAGAAGAUACUGCCUAUAUUGAAGCUUUUGACUCAUAUUAUUUACAGUUAUUUUUUCAAGCCAUGGUGAUUUAAGGUCUAUAAUAGUUACAACAGGAAUAGUAUGUACCAUUUUGAUAAGCAACACAGGUUUUGUCACAUAUUUUUUCAUUUUACAAUCACAAGAUGAAACAGUAGGCACAGGUAUUGAAUAUUAUAUAACUGGGAAUAAAGUAUAAUGACCAUAUAUUUAAUAAAUAAGCAGCGAUGAUGCACAGUGUGCUUCAGCCUAUAGCAAUCUAUCUAAAGACAGAUCUGUGAAAGAUGUAACUGCACAAUUGGCUUCUAUUACUGCAUCUCAUACAUUGUGCUUUGCUCUGUUGAAUAGGCUUGUAGAUAUCCCCCAGUUCAUUCCAAAUGCCAUAUGUGCAUCACCAUUACCAUUUUAAGAGGUAGCUAAAUGCAGCCCAUAAAUGCACUAAAUCCAAUAUCACUUGAGAAAAAGAUUAGCAAUCCGUCUGCAUAACAGAACCUUUAAUUCUUUUGAAUUUGGAUUUUAGUAAUCCACCAAUUCAAUAGUCCUAUUUUACUACUAAAGUAUGUAAAUUGAGACUACAGCAAUACAAGUAAUCAGAUUUUAAGUUGUGGACAAACCUGCUUAUGUGUAUAAUGCAGAUAUUAAUCCUGAGUUUUUAGAUUUCUGAACUGUAUUCUUUGCAGAUUGGAAAAACCUUUAAUAAUAUAUUCGGGUAGAUUGAAAAUUUGCAUUUAAUCAAAAAGACGAGAUUCAGCAAAAUCACAAAUCAAGUGAUCUACAAGUCAUGUAGUAAUCCAAUCAAAUAUUAUAAGCUUCACACUAUCAUGUUAUUCUUAUGAUGUUGCAUGCUUCUAUCUAAGGCACAAAGCCAGACUGCAUGGUGGUCAGAUUUCAUCUUGUUAUGAAAAAGACUUAUAAUUCAAUUCCAGCUUUGAAAUAGGCACACAUUUGAACUAGGCAUACACACACUCCGCAUUGCAGCCAACCCCUAAUAUGAAAUGUUAAGCUCUAGGGCAAGAUAUGCAUAUGAGUAUCAUUGAAUACACUGUUUGUUGUGUAAUAUAGCCAAUGUUGUAGCUAGCCCAGAGAAAUCCAUCAUAGCUAAAAUACUUGGUCUUGGAUUUUAAACUGUUUACAUUUUAAAUGGAACACCCUUUCUUUUUUCAUGUCCACUUAUGAUGGGAAGCACAUCCAAAGGCACAAAUGUUGAUAUAUGAUAAAAGACAAUGAUAGAAAUUACAGUGCUAAUGUCCUCAGCCUCCUGACUUUUCUAGGGAACAAAUAAAGUAAAAAAAAAACCACUGUAAAUAUAAAAAUAAAUAAAUAAACCAGCAUAGCAACUGCACCCUGUACUGCCAGGGUUAAGAGGCUGAACUAGACCCAAAUAUUUAAGUAUUGACUGGUAGCAUAGGGAAAUCAUGUGCAUAACGUUAUGUAGAUUUGCAAUACUGCUGGUUCCCAUAACUGCCCAAAGGUGUUGGCCAAGAAUGGGGUGACAUUGAUGUUUAGUACUCGCACAUGGGCCUAGAACUGUAGUUUGAAGAGAUCUUAGUACAUACUUUCAAUGUGAUGCCCAAGUCACUAUUUUACAAUAAAACAUUUUUUUGUUUGGCACACA